AGCAAGGUGGCUGCUCGUCUGUUCUCGCCGCGCCCUGCGCCGCAGUUCUCGCCGCCCAGAUGGGCAAUUGCUCCUCCUCGCCCGCGGGCCGCGAUCGAGACUCCAAGGACAGCGACGCACGGCGAGCCGCGCCGCCCACCCGCUCCCUCACCUUCAAACUCAACCAGCUCGACGAGCAGCUCAGCAAAUCGGCUCCUUCGCCGGAUGCGCAGCUGGCCGAGCGGCUCGCCGAGCCCAAGAAAGUGCGCGAAAUGUGCGGCCCGGCGGCAUUCGUUGGCGGCCUGCAUGCCGUGGUGGGCGCGGCAAACACCGCAGUCAUGGAGACGAUGCAGGAAGAGCACACGAUCCGGCACGACAGCCGGGUGCCCUUUGAGUCGGAUUCUCUCCUCAUCGAGACGACGAGCGAGACGGAGUUUUGGUUCGUCCUCGACCCCGUCGGCGGCCUGGGCAGGCUCGGUCUCGAGCGCUGGCCAGAGGAGGGCCCCGGUGCGCGCCGCAGCUGCGCCAGCGGCCGCUCGCUCGAGGAGCUGCUGGGCGCCGCGAACAAGCGGCAGCCGCUGCCGCACGCGGCCUUCUGCGAGCGGAUGCGAGGCCACAACGAGAUGCUGCGGCAGCACGGGCUGGCGGAGCUGCUCGAGGAGGAGCUGAUCGGCGGCCGCCUCUUCACGGGGCCGAUGAAUGCAAAGUACCAGGCGGCGCUGCGGGCGCUCGAUUCGGCGGACGCGGGAAGGCGGCGCAAGUUUGUGCAGCUCUGCUCCGACCCGCAGACGCUGUCGCAGUACGAGGCUGCGGUCGAGGCCGACCCGGAGGGGGCGUGGGCGGCGGCGCGGAUGGCGCGGAUGCUGUGCACCAGCUACUCGACCACUCUGCACGUGAUCAAGUCGCUCCUCCUCCGGCUUAGCAAGCUCUCGCGCGCCACGCCCCCCCCCCCCCCCCCCUUGGUCACGGUCGCCGUACACGAGUCGCGCCGUCCGCUGUCUAGCGUCCGCCGCUCGUGUGCAGGCGCGCACCCGUUCCCGGUGACGGUCGCCUUCAUCAACGACGGCAUCAAGAGGCUGCGCGCGGUCGGAGCGGGCGCGGCCGACGCGUCGGAGCGGCGCGACUUUUGGCGCGGGCUGCGGAACGUCGCGCUUCCGGACGGCUUCCACCAGACGGGCGGCACCGAGUACGCGCCCCUCUCGACCUCGUCCGACCUCGAGGUUGCGCUGCACUACUCGGACGCGGCGCAGGAGCGGCUGCUCUUCAAGCUGACCACGGCGUCUUUCCUCGAGCGCGGCGCGUCGCUGCAGUUUCUCUCCGCCUUCCCGGGCGAGGUCGAGUACCUGUACCCGCCCCUCACCUUCCUCGACCCGACCGGCAAGGUGGAGACCAUCACCACGACGUGCGGCGUCAAGUUCUCCGUCAUCGAGGUCCAGCCGAGGAUAUGAGAGGCAAGUGAGUGAAGACAAGUUGCGGAGCCUUUGAUUGUAUGUAGACUAGAUGCUGCUGUACCCACACCUCUUCGCGUAUAUACCGUACUUUAGGAGUGUUCGUUUUGUGCAGAUAAGAGAUGCGUGCGUAAAAACUCGUAGAGCCUUAGCUCCGCGCCGCGUAGGAGAGGCGCUGUACGACGUUACUGAUACUGUAAUCUCUC